AUGGUCAGGAUCACAUAUUAUGUGGCCGCCAGUCUUGACGGCUUUAUCGCAGACGCCGCCCGCGGCGUCGAUUGGUUGCCCCAGGGUAAUUCGGACGACUACGGCUACGCCGGAUUUUAUGCCGGCGUCGAAACCCUGGUCAUGGGCCGCCGCACUUAUGACCAGGCGUUGACCUUCGGAGACUGGCCUUACCCCGGGAAAACGGCCUACGUGUUCACCCGUACUCCGCCCUCGGAUGGCCCGCCGGAGGUGCGGUUCGUACAGGCCAAUCCCCCAGACUUCGUCCGCGAUAUUGAGGAGCGCCACUCCGGCGCCGUGUGGCUGGUGGGCGGCGCCGACCUGGCCGACCAGUUUCGGCAGGCCGGGCUGAUUGACGAAUAUCGGGUCUUCGUGGUUCCGGUUAUCUUGGGACAGGGUGUUCCUUUGUUCGGUGGCCCGGGCGCACCCACCGUCCUCCAAUUGGAAUCGGCGGACACCCACGUUGAUGGUCUGGUGGAACUUCGCUAUCGCGCUUCCGAAACGGUUUAG